GGGGGUUUGUUUGAUUGUUAAGGGUUGUACUAUUAUGAAAACUUAAUUAUAAUAUGGCUACGAUAACAAGGUGAAAUAUAAAUUCCAACCUCAGUAGCAUUAGAACCUCCUGAUUAGAAUACAAGAUGCGCUGUCUAACCAUAUCCAUCACCAUCUUUUUAAAUCUAGUCGUUUUUGGAAUAUGCAGCUACAUGUACUUGCUCUGGUCUCAAUACUGGAUCUACUCGGGUAAACAAAGCGAAUCCACGACAUCCACGUACGACCAACAAAUAUAUUUGUACAACCGAGGAUACUUACCGGACGACACGAAAAAUAAAUCGAACUUAGUCAAGACCCGUUCCAAACACGAAAUUAGAGAAAACAUUGUUUACAUUAAUAAUAGCCGGCCUAGGUUUCCUAGCUCUGGCCAGAAGAACAUAGAGCUCGACGCGAAACAGUUUUCCUGCUUGAAAAACGAUUCUCGACUAGAGUGCGAGAAUAAGACGAGACUUAUUAAGGAAAAAAUAUUGCGCGAACUGGGAAAUGUAUUUUUCGAGCAAAGCCACGUUUUGAAAUACGGCGCUAGAAACAAUACUUACAACGUUCAUUACGUUGGGCCCAAAGAGAACUAUAGAGAUAAAAGACCGCAGCAAGUUUUGUGUGAAUUGAUGAACACCAAACUGGAAACCCUGAAGCGGGGGGAUAUAGAUUCAUCCGAAACGAUAAAAAGUUCCAUGCCAAAAAGAGGGUUCUUCGAAAAUAAGUAUUUCAACAGUUGCGUGGUGGUGGCAAGUUCGGGUGCCUUGGAGGGAUCCAAUUUGGGAACUUUUAUCGAUUCUCACGAUAUAGUUCUUCGAUUUAACCAUGCUCCGAUCAAGGGUUUCGAACAGGAUGUCGGUAAAAAAACCUCGAUAAGAGUUCUGAAUUCGCAAGUAGCAACUAAAGCGCAGUAUAAUUUUCUGAAAUCGGCGAUUUUCAAGAACGUGACGAUAGUGAUAUGGGAUCCGGCCAAUUAUUCGGCCACUUUAGAGGAAUGGAUGCGACAUUCGGAAUUUAAUUUCUUUCCCAAUUUCAUACAGUACCGGAAACAGGAAGAACGGCCUAGGAUUUUCAUGGUUAAUCCUCUGACGAUAUGGGAUUUGUGGGAUUUCAUGCAGAGGAAUUUUCCGAAAAGGCUGAGAAAAAAUCCACCGUCGUCUGGAUUUUUAGGUUUGCGUUUGCUGUUACCCCACUGUAAUUUCGUCGACGUGGUUGAGUACAUACCGUCCGCAAGAGUCACCAAAAGAUGCCACUACUAUGAUCCUGACAACAAUCCAGCGUGCACGUUUGGAGUAUGGCAUCCAUUGGCAGCUGAAAAAUUACUGACAUAUCAUUUGAACUCAGCUUCCGACUUCGAUGUUUUUCAAAAAGGAUUUGCCAGAAUUAAGGGCUUUAAACAUUUAAAGUGUUAAUUUAUAGAUAUAUUAUGUGAAUUAAA